CUAGCAGCACUGCUGGGCUGCACUGGUGGGCGGCACUGGUGGGCAGCACUGGUGGGUGGGCACAGGUCGGUGGCACUGGUGGGCAAAGGUGGGUGGGCACAGGUGGGGGCACUUCUGGGCACAGGUAGGUGGCACUUCUGGGCACAGGUAGGUGGCACUGCAGAGUGGCACAGGUGGGUGCACUGCUGGGCACAGGUGGGUGCACUGCUGGGCACAGGUGGGCGGAACUUGUGGGUGGCACUGCUG